CGAAACUGAAAGACAGAAAGACAGCAGAGAAAGAGGGACCAAAGCUCACUUUACCUUCAGCAGAGAAGAGUUUUGUGGUGGAGUCCGGUAAGUUUAUAACGGUUUGUCCGUCUCUGUGUCGCUACAGGCCUGUUUUUGGUAAAACCGUCCCACGUUUGGGUCGUUUUUAAACGGACGGACUGAGAUCCACUGAAGAAGCGGUUUUUGGCGGGAAACAGAAACAGCGGGAAUAAAUCGGGCGCGCGCAGCUUUAGAGGUUUACCACAGGCAGACCAUGUUUUUAUGACCACUGACGAUGAGUGUCAAUGGAGAGAGUGUGGAAGAGGGAACCUGCCUCUCUGGAGAGAAUGACGAGGGUGGUGCUGUUCACUCGGAGACCAAGAGAGCAGCAUCUCCUGUUCCUAGCUGUGCGUCCAUGAAGAGUGACCACUCCAUAUAUGAGCCUCCAGCUUUUAAUGAUGGAGCAAAACGCUCAAGGUCGGAGAACCAGCAAACAGCAGCUGCGGUUCCUAGCUGUGUGUCCAUGAAGAGUAACCACUCCAUGUUUGAGCCUCCGGCUUUUCGGGAUAAAGCAAAACGACCGAGGUUUGACAACAAACAGGAGAAAACGGCAUCUUCAGAGCUCAGCUGUGUGUCUAUGAAGAGCAGCCACUCCAUGUUUGAGCCUCCUGCUUUCAGUAAUAGACCAAAACAUUUCACGCCGGAGAACCAGCAAACAGCAGCUGCGGUUCCUAGCUGUGUGUCCAUGAAGAGUAACCACUCUAUGUUUGAGCCUCCGGCUUUUAGGGAUAAAGCAAAACGACCGAGGUUUGACACCAAACAACAGAGAAGAGCGUCUUCAGAGCUCAGCUGUGUGUCUAUGAAGAGCAGCCACUUCAUGUUUGAGCCUCCUGCUUUCAGUAAUGAACCAAAACGUUCCAUAUGUGGACUCUGUGGUCAGAUUCCUAAAGAUCCAGCCUCUAGCAGCUGUGGACACUCUUUCUGUACCCAGUGUAUCAGCAGAUAUUGGGACCAGUCAGGUUCAUCCGGAAACUCUGAUUGUCCUCAGUGCAGAAAGAGAUCUGGAACAGCACCUUCUUUACAGCCAUCCAAAAACAUAGAUUCAAUGGAGCAUAAACAACCAGGUGAAGAUAUUCUGCAGAAGGUCUUGAUGAAUCACAAAGCCAGUAUGAAGAGCAAAUAUGAGUGCUUAUUUGAGGGAAUCCCAACACACGAAAACAGAACACUCUUAAACAGCAUUUAUACACAGCUCUACAUCAUAGAGGGAGAGAGUGAAGGGGUGAAUGAAGAACAUGAAGUCUUGCAGGUUCAGAACAUGUUCCAGGGUUGCAACAAAGGCAUCCCAGUCAGCUACAGUGACGUCUUCAGACCCUUACCAGAACAAAGUCUUGAGAAAGAACAUGAAAGAAGUGGACUAGAAGAGAGAAAGUUUAAAACAGUGCUCACUAAAGGCAUUGCUGGCAUCGGAAAAACAGUCUCAGUGCAAAAGUUCGUUCUUGACUGGGCUGAAGGAAAAGCCAAUCAGGAUAUAGAUUUCAUGUUUAUGCUUCCAUUCCGUGAGCUGAACUUGAUCAAGGAUGACCAGUAUAGUCUUCAUGGACUUCUUUGUGUUUUCCAUCCAGAGCUUAAAGAACUUGAUCCAAAGGUGUACGAUCUGUGCAAAAUCAUGUUCAUACUAGAUGGCCUGGAUGAAAGCAGAAUUUCACUCAACAUCACAGCAUCAUCACAGAGUAAGAUCAUUUCUGAUGUGAACAAGAAAACAUCAGUAGGCGUGUUGAUGACGAACAUCAUCAAAGGAGAGCUGCUUCCCUCUGCUCUCAUCUGGAUCACCUCCCGCCCAGCGGCAGCCAGUCAGAUCCCCUCCCGGUAUGUCAGCCGUGUGACAGAAAUUCAGGGGUUCAAUGACCCUCAGAAAGAAGAGUACUUCAAGAAGAGGAUCCGUGAUCCAUAUCAGGCAAGCAGAGUCUUCUCACAGAUUACGAAAGCAAAGAUGCUGUACAUAAUGUGCCACAUACCAGUCUUCUGUUGGAUUUCAUCCAUAGUGAUCCAGCAGAUCCUGGAGCAAGAUACUUGUGGAGAAAUUCCAACAACUCUGACUGAAAUGUACAUCCAUUUCAUGCUAAUACAGACAAAAACAAAGAACCUGAAGUAUCAUGUGGAAGAUGAUGAGAAAGAUCUGAGGAAACGGGAAAAAAAGAUGAUCCUAAAAAUUGCUGAACUGGCCUUCAAACAGCUGAUCAAGGGCAAUAUCCUGUUCUAUGUAGAGGACCUGAGAGAAUGUGGCAUUGAUGUCACUGAGGCGUCUGUGUAUUCUGGAGUUUGCACUGAAAUCUUCAAGGAAGAGUCUGUGCUGUACCAGAAGAAGGUCUUCUGCUUUGUGCAUUUGAGCUUUCAGGAGUUUUUUGCUGCUGUUUUUGGAUUUCAUGCCUGUGUGGAGAGGGAAGCUGCGGUAGUGAAGAUGUUUCAGAGUCGUUCAAAAUCUAAUGGAGGAUUCGUGGAUGAAUUUAUGAUGUCUGCAAUUGAUAAAGCUUUGACGAGUAAGACUGGACACCUUGAUCUCUUCCUCCGCUUUAUAUAUGGCAUCUCGCGGAAGUCCAAUUGGAAACUCCUCUAUCACAUAGUGCCCCCCAAAUGUAGAAUCUCAAAGGACUUUCAGGAUACCAUUCAACGUGUCCGACAGAAGCAUCCAAAGAAGGUCAGCCCUGAGAGAUGGAUCAAUUUCUUGCACUGCUUUAUCGAAAUGAAGGACACCUCUUUUCAGAGAGAAGUCAAGAAUUUGUUGAAUGCUAAGAGAAAGCUCACGGGAUGGGAUUGCACAAGAAUAGCUUACUCAUUACAGAUGUCCGAGGAAGUACUGGACAAGUUUGACCCAAAGAAAUACAAAACAUCAGAUGAAGGUCGUAGGAGACUGAUCCCAGUUGUGAGGAACUGCAGAAAGGCUUUACUGGCAAAUUUUAAACUCACAAAGCAGCACUGUGAAAUAGUUAUCUCAGCUCUGCAGUCAACAAACUCAGUCCUGACAGAGCUGGAUCUGAGUUACAAUGACAUCCAGGAUUCAGGGGUGAAGCAGCUUUGUGAGUGUCUGAAGAAUCAACACUGUAAACUGGAGACACUGAGGUUGGUGAUGUGUAAUCUCACUAAGAAAACCUGUGAAUAUGUAGCACCAGCUCUGCAGUCUGCAAAUUCAGGCCUGAAAGAGCUAGAUCUGAGUCAGAAUGACCUGGAAGACACAGGAAUCAGACUGCUUUGUGGUGGACUGAAAAGUCCUCACUGUCAGCUGGAAACAUUAAGGCUGUCUGGUUGUUUGGUCACAGAGGAAGGCUGCGCUUCUCUGGCUUCAGCUCUGAGUUCAAACCCAUCUCACCUGAGAGAGCUGGAUCUGAGUUACAACCACCCAGAAGAGUCAGGAAUGAAGCUGCUUAGGGCUAAAGUGGACGAUCCAAACUAUAAACUGGAUGAACUGAACUUUAACUAUGGAGGGGUGUUCACAAUGAAACCAGGAGUACGAAAAUAUGCCUGCGAACUCACUGUGGAUCUAAAUACGGUAAACACGGAACUGGUCCUGAGCGAGAACAACAGAAAGGUGACGUAUGUGUGGGAAGAGGAGAAGCAGCAGUCCUAUCCAGAUCAUCCAGAGAGAUUUCAAUGCUCUCAGCUGCUGUGCAGAGAGAGUCUGUCUGGACGCUGUUACUGGGAGGCUGAGUGGAGUGGCCGGAGAGCUGGUAUAGCAGUAGCCUACAAAGGAACCACCAGGAAAUUAAAGUGUGGUCCUGUAGAAUUUGGAAGUAAUGAAGAUUCCUGGAGCUUGUUCGGCUAUAAUUACAAAAAGAAAUACUCUGUCCACCACAAGCGCAAGAAAAACUUCAUACAUGCCCCUCGCUCUUGCAGCAACAGAGUAGGUGUGUAUCUGGACUGGCCGGCUGGCAUGUUGUCCUUCUACAGUGUCCUCUCUGAUGGAAGCACACUGAGCCAUCUGCACACAGUUCAGUGCAGGUUCACUGAGCCUCUUUAUGCAGGCAUUUUUGUUUAUGACGCUUCAGUAUCUUUGUGUCAUUUAUAAAGACCUGUGGUCGGUAUAAUGCAAUGGGUAACACUACUGUACUGGCCUCCAUGUGGGACACAGGUUUCAUUCCCCGUACUGGCAAGAACACCAUG